GAUGGAUACUCGUGAAAAAGUAUACAUCUCUACUAUUAGAAACUUCCAACAAUGACGUUUGUUAUUGACACUGAGUAACCGUAACCUCAUUUUAACUUAAAUUUUGAUGCUUACUUGCUUACGCCGGAAUAAAAUAUAAACAUAAACAGUUUGUAAAUAAAUUUGAAUAAUUUUUAUUAUAUUCGUAAAUAAAAAUAGCCGAGGAUGGUAAAAAAUAUUUCAGCUAGAGCAAAAGAAGAUGCUCCCAAUGAUGUUACAGCCCCAACCCCUUCAAGCAGUGCUGCAGAAGAAUUUUCUGUAGAGAAAAUUUUGGAUAAGAGAACGAGGGAUGGGAAAACUGAGUAUCUGUUGAAAUGGAAAGGAUACAAUGAAGAAGAUAAUACCUGGGAGCCUGAAGAAAACCUGGAUUGCCCAGACCUUAUAGCAGCAUUUGAAGCUCAAUUUGAGAUUGCAGCACCAUCUGGUGGAGAAGAUGCUGAUAAAUCAAAACGCAAAAACAUAGUAGAAGACAACAGGCCCAGAGGGUUUGACAGGGGUUUAGAGCCUGAGAAAAUUGUUGGUGCCACAGAUGCUAGUGGAGAGUUGAUGUUUCUUAUGAUGUGGAAAGACUGUAAAGAGGCUGAUUUGGUACCAGCAAAUCAGGUGAAUGCCAGGUGCCCAGAAGUGGUUAUUAGCUACUAUGAGAAGAAGAAACAGUGGUACUGCAAGCCAUCAGUUAUAGAGUUAGACUAGAUUAAUUUAUAAUAUGUAGGGAUUUACACUAAUGUGUUAAAUUUGGAUCUUUAAGACCAAUUUGUCAUAUACAGAUUUUAUAUUUACAGCAAAACUUUAUACUCUUGUUAUGAGUAUAAAAACAUAUUUGGUAAUGUAUGUAGAAUCCACAAUAAUUUUGUAUGUAAAGUGCCGAUUACCUUUAGUACCAAUAAAAUUUGUGUAUUGUGAAAGCAUCCUUUACAUUUUAACUUUCAAAGAUAAUUUUAUUUGAUAAUACAUGUUUGUUUUAUUAACACUAUAUUUUGUAAAGGUAGCUGACAUUUAUUCAUUUUUGAUGAGGUUUUAUUUAUUGGCCAGUAAAAUAACUAUGGUCAACAAGCCAACUGUAAGAUAUGUUUGAAUCAGUUACAGACGACAAAUGCCUUUAGCUGUAUUGGUAUGUUUUGAGAUUAGAAAAGAGAAAACUAAUAAAAAUGUAAGAGGUAUCUAUUCUCCAUUGUCUGGUAUCUAUCAUUUACAAUUUACUUAUGAAAAUAUACAUUAUAAAAAUUAUUCAA